GUGAGAGAGAAAGAGAUAGACUGUGUGUGUUUGAAUGAAUUGUGAUAUAAAGUUAUAAACACAAUCACGCAAAAAACAUUUUUUCUGCACACGCAGAUUUUUUGCUUCUCAACUACUCAAUAAAGACCUACAAAACCUCUUCACAAGUCAGUCACAACACCCUCUCAAACACACACACACACACACACUUCCUCACAAACAAGAACAAAUCAAAAUCAAAUUCAAAUACAACACGAUUUGAUAUAUUAUUGCAAAUGGAAUUGGAAUCAAAAGCACAAGUUGGUAGAGAUGAGAAGCAAUAUGAAGAAAAACACAUUUUUCAUGUGCUGGCUGUGGAUGAUAGUCUUAUUGACAGGAAGCUCUUAGAAAGGCUCCUCUCUGUUUCUUCAUACCAAGUGACCUGUGUGGACUCUGGAGAUAAAGCCUUGGAAUAUCUGGGUUUGCUGGGAAAUAUUGAAGAAGAAAAUAUUGAAGAGAAUGAAAUUAAAAUAUCACCAACAUCUUGCCACACAGUCAUUUCUUGUGAUGAGCCUCCAUCCAAUAAGUCCUCAUCUCACCAAGAGGUAUCAAAAGUUAAUCUGAUCAUGACGGAUUACAGCAUGCCAGGAAUAAGUGGUUACGAUUUGCUGAAAAAAAUCAAGGAUUCGUCUUGGAAAGAUGUACCAGUGGUGGUUAUGUCGUCCGAGAAUGUACCGUCAAGAAUCAACAUGUGCUUGGAAGGAGGAGCAGAAGAGUUUCUUCUAAAGCCCGUGAAGCUCUCAGAUUUAAGCAAACUUCACUCUCACAUCCUUAAAGGCACCAUUACCCAAAACCUCGAAAGCCACAUAAACACAGCUGAAGAAAAUUCGAGCGAUGAGAAAAGCACAACUGAUGAAAGUGUUAGUGAGGAAGAAGAUAAGGAAAACGAUAAGAACAGCAGCAACGCUAACAAGAGAAAGGGAGCUGUGAAGACGCCUCCGGAUCUUACGGACAGAAGGCCACGUGUCAAAGAACUGCCUGUUUCCGAGAUAAUAAUACUAUGAUGUGCUGCUUGCUAUAUAUGCAUGUUAAUUAGCUAGUAAUAUUUUUAUUUUUUGGUCUUUUUG